AUGCCUUCCCCACGUCAAGCCCCCAAGCUCUCCACCCAAACCGUCCUCGUCAUCGGCGGCACCAGCGGCAUCGGCCUCGCCGUCGCCGCCGAAGCCCUCGCCCAAUCCGCCCAACACGUCACCAUCGCCGGCUCCAACCCCGCCAAACUCUCCGCCGCGCUGUCCACCCUCCGCGCGGGCAUAUCCGAUGGAUCCCAUCAACGCAUCAGCGGCCACACCUGCGACCUCCUCGGCAACGGUGACGACGACAACGACAUCGAAACCAACCUCCGCGCCCUCCUCGACGCCACCGUCGCCACCAACGGCGCCGGCCGCAUCGACCACGUCGCGUACACGGCGGGCGACGCCGCGGCGCUGGCGGCGCUGACGACGCCGGCCGCGGCGCUGACCGUCGACGCGAUACGCGCGGGCGGCACGGUGCGCUUCGUCGGCCCGCUGCUGCUGGCGAAGCUGCUGCCUGCGUAUGUCAGGCGGUCGCCCCCCGCCGCGGAUGGGGAUGGGGAUGGGGAUGGGUGGCGCUACCACUCCCCGUCGCUCACGCUCACCGGCGGCGUCAACGCCACGAGGCCGGCGCCCGGGUGGACGGUGGCGGCGGCGUACGGCGCGGCGCUGCGGGGCGCGGUGCGCGGGCUGGCGGUGGACCUGGCGGGGGUGCCGCCGUGUGGGAUAAGGGUGAAUCUCGUGGAGCCCGGGGCGGUGGAGACGCCGCUGUGGGACGGGGUGGCGCCGGGGGGCGGCAGGGAGGCGAUGAGGCGGAGGUUUGCGGAGAGGUCGACGGUGGGGAGGGUGGGGAGGCCCGAGGACACGGCUGAGGCGUAUGUGUAUCUGAUGAAGGAUGGGUUUGCGGCGGGGGCGGUGGUCGAGUCGAAUGGGGGGACGUUGUUGGUUUAG